AAGCGAGCGGGACGCAAGUUUCAAACAACGUGUGUGGUCUGUUUGUUGUCACUCUCAUGUGGCGAGGCUCGCCGAGCUGUCGCUUUCUUACCGCAUCAUACCCAGCCGCCUCUUGUGUGCUCUCCCGCGCCCGUACUGGGGAGAGCCGAGUAAAGAAAGUUUAAUAUGCCUUGAGGUGAGCGAAGGACAAUGAAAACCGGGCGGACAGUUGUUUUGCCUCGGCACGGGUUCGUGACGGACCCACCCUACCAUCUUGUCGUCGCAUUCCGCGCUCCCACACUGUCACCGUGCGUUAGCGCAAUGUUCACAAACUGCCGUCUAUUUCGAGUGCUCCAUCGGCCGUGUGCCGUGACUCGGUGACAGCUUCCAGUGGACGAAUCGCAUCGACCCGCACCCCUCGGCGGUACUUCCUCGACCCGUCUCCGAGAUCUCCGUGUUUUGUGGUCACGUCCGGCCGUCGCUUGCGUUGAAAUGCAGCUCCGCGGGCCUCGCAAUCUCCACUUGUCGCUGCUUUUGACGCUCGUUGCCGCACUCAGCGUCUGCGGCGAGCUUCGAUCGCAUGGGAGUUCGUCGGUGGCCUCGAGCGAUGCGCGCUUGAAACGGCACGGCAGUGUCGUCGGAGACACCGCUCCUCCAACUCAGGCGAGCCCGACGAACGCCAGUGGCGAUGCUUCCUUGCCCUUGAACCACGAGCACGGCGCACGUCCCGCCUCUUCGGCCGCCGGCGAUGAAUUCCGGCAGCUGGUCACCGACAAGGGUCGUGGCGCCAAGGCCCACGGCGCGAGCCGGCACCACGCGACGCCGCUUGACCACCACGCAUGGCCCAGCGCCGAGAAGUGUGCCAGGCCGGCCAAGUGCGAGCCGCUGAUCAACGCCACUUGCUUCGGGGUGCCCCUGCCUUACAGCCACACCACUGUCGAGUUAGCCAACGACUCGUCGUCGCAGUUCGAGAUACAGGAGCGGCUGGACCUGUGGUAUGGUCUGCGUCAAAUUCCUCGGUGCUGGGCCGUGGUGCAGCCCCUCCUGUGUGCCGUGUACCGCCCCCGCUGUGUGGAUGGCCUGGUCACGCUACCAAGCCACGAGACUUGCCGCCUGGUGCGCGCAUUUUGCCGAAUCACUGCUCUGGACUCUGACCGCUGGCCCUUCUUUCUCCGAUGUCAGCAGGAAGGCACCUUUGCGUCUGGAUGCAAGGACACCAUGCGUGAGAUCAAGUUCAACACGACCAGCCGGUGCCUGGAGCCUCUGGUGGGGACGCCGCGCGAGACCAGCUGGUACCCCGAGGUGGAGGGCUGUGGCAUUGGCUGCCGACACCCGCUACUCACCGAGGACGAGCGGACCAGCAUGCGCACCUUUGUGGGCGUCAUUGUUGCCCUCGCCACGGUUGCCUGCCUGUUUGCAGUGCUGACGUUCCUGAUUGGAUGGAGCGAGUCCCGCCAGUACCCAAACGUGAUGGUGUUCUACAUGAACCUGUGCCUGCUGCUGAUGUGCGUCGGCUGGCUGGCGCAGUUCCUACCGGGUGCCCGGGAGGACAUCACCUGCCGCCGAGACGGGACACUGCGCAGCGGGGAGCCCAGCUCGGGGGAAAACCUGUCGUGUGUGGCCAUCUUCUUCCUCUGCUACUACUUCCUUCUGGCAUCCCUCUGCUGGCUGGUCCUCCUCGCCUAUGCCUGGGAGCACCGGCUGCAGCAGGGCUCGUCUCCCUCCUCCUCGCCCCUGCAGGCCAAGGCGGCCUACUUCCACCUGGUCGCCUGGAGCGUCCCCUUCGUCCUCUUCAUCAUCGUCAUGGCCCUGGGGCUGGUGGAUGGGGACCCCGUGUCGGGCAUCUGUUUUGUCACAGCAGCAAAUCCGCAUGCACGAUCAGCACUCGUGCUGUUCCCUGUCACAACAGCCUUUUUCGCUGCCAGCUACUUUCUGAUCCGAGAGCUGUACAAGCUUGUCCGUCUCAAAGGUGGCACAGGUGACAUGAUCAACGAUCGGGUGCGAGCCAAGAUCCAGAGCAUGAUCCUGCGCAUUGGCCUGUUCCUGGUGACAGCAGUGCUGCUGGUUUCAUGCACAUAUGUCUGCCACAUCUACGAAUUCCGCAAUCAACCCAUUUGGGAGAGAAGCCUGCGAAAAUAUGUCGCCUGUCGCGCGAAUGUGGAGACUGCACAGAGCCCCGUGCCAGAGCUUCCCGUGCGUGCAUGCGAGCCAGAUGCCCGGCCCAGCCUGGCCAUGCUGCAGCUCCACCUGGUGGCAUUCCUGGGCGCCUGCCUGGCCCUAGCGUCCUGGGUGCUCACCUCGGCCACGGCCACCGCCUGGAGCCACUUCUGGCGCAGGACCAUCCUGCGGCAGCCCUCACAGGAUGCUCCGCGAGUACAACGACACAAACUGGUCGCAGAGGCAUUCUCUCGCCGGCACGAGCUGAACCGGGGCCAGGGCUCAAUCAGCUUUCACAGUGCACAUGACGACCCAGUUGGGAUGAACCUGGACAUGAACAGCGUGACAUCGCAAGACCUGUCGUCUACUUGGGCUGCAGCACUUCCAGGGUUUCUGCAUCGCCGAGGUGCUGUCGCAGGGCCUACUGCAAUUCCACCAGUUCGGCGUUACUCAUCCACUUCUGAUGUGAGCCGGCAGCUGUCGUUGAGUGUGCGGCGCCAGUCUCUCGACUCGCAGAUGAGUUACCAGGUGGCGGCAGAGCAGCAAUGGCUCGCAGCCCAACGAGCCAUUGCGCGCCAUCAGCGCCGGAAGACUCGACGUGAGCGUGAACGACUCUUGCACAUGGGAGCUCUGCACCGACCCUCGCCCUUCCCGCACUCGGCAGCCAUCAGGCGCGGCAGCGACUCGUCAAUGCAAAGCCUGGUGGCCGCAGCAACAUCAUCGCUUCAACGCGGCCUGCACGGCACAUCCACUAUUUCCAAACCGGCGUCGGUGGCUCGGGCCACAAGCACCGGAGACCUAAACCCUGGCAGUGUGCUCUCCCAAAACCACUUGUCUCUGCUGAGGCCAUCCGUUGUGGCACAGAGGCGCAAUGAGCUACUCAUCAACCCACCAUUCACCCAUGGAAUGUCUGAAUCGGGGUCUACACGCAUGUCUAUGCGGCGUAGUGUCGCUGCACCAUCUAACACUGCGGAAAGCAUCAAUUCUUCAACCGUGGCAGCGAACGGGACUUCUGCCACAGCUCAGACAAGCCAACCCAACCCAGCAGCUCCUCAGAUGCCUGGCAUUCUUCCGGGCUACCCUGCCCUGGCUGCAGCCAAUCCUUACGCCGCCUACCUGAGCUACCUGAAUGGCCUUCGGUUGCCGGGACACCCUCCACCUGAAGCCACCCUGCCUCCUUUCGGCUACCCUGCGCCAUUUAGCUACCCAGGCUUUCCUUUCUACCCGCCUGGUCUCUACCCAUAUGGUCAGGGCUUUGCGUCAUACCCCGAACUGGAUCCUGCACACGUACCACUCAUUCCACUGCAUCCAAUGCCAGACAGUUCCAGCGAGACUGGCUUCAUACCAAUCAUAACAUCAGAUUCUGACUUCACAGAUGCUGGCAUACGCAGUCCUCACAUGCUGUCAGCUCAGCGUGCAGUGGAAGAACGUGAGAGGGCGCUUGCAGCAGCAGCAAUGGCUUCGCCGCCACGACCUCAGACGCACCAGGAGACGCAGACUGAGCGGAACCAGGAAACCCUCCUGACACCCACUCCCUUGAGGAAGGCACAGGGUGACAGGCCAGCUGCCAUGCAACAACAGCCAGAGACGAUCGAGAUGCGGGAAAUCAAGUCUGGCCAGUCAAGGUGGUCCAACGCGUCGGUGCUGUCCAAAGCGAGGGUAUCCAAAUCUCCACCUGGACAACAGCCAAGGCUCUCGUCACAGGCAUCAAAGAGUAACACGCCGUUGCACAGGUUCAGUUCUGUGUCACCACCUGUGACUCAGUCGCCGGCUGCAUUGUCGCCUCUGGUCCAGCAGCAGAGAGAGAGUGUGUCACCAAGAUGUCAUCAAGACUACCAACCCGUGGCCCUCCAUGACCCUUGCGGUAGCAACAAUACUCAACACAGCAACCUUAACGCUCCUCAAGGGUCAUGGCCUCCUUGCCAUCAACAGGUGCAUCAAGGUCUCCAGCAUUGUUCUUGUCCACUGUACGGCCCUGAGGUGCUGUUGCACGCUCCAUCACACACAUCAUCGUACCUGCAUGCAUCCAACAGUGGCUACCAGCAAGGAACUCUAUGCAUGGACCAGUACUGUCCCGGAUUAGCAUCCGGAAGCACCGAGCCCAACACUUUAGACUCAACUACAUCGGGCCACUCAAAUUCAGAUGGGCCACACAGCUGUCACACGUACCUCUUUGCUCCAGUAGAAAGCAAUGGUGCAGAAGACGAGCUACAGAGCUUCACAGGAAAUGGCUGUACAGCACAGUGUCCGGAACAGUGUCACACAGCUGUCGCGCAACCACAGGAGCAGUUCACCAGUGGCCAUCUUGCAACACCGUCACCUUCUCAACAUCCUCCUUUCAAUGGAUGUUGUGAGGAUCCAUCCUCAUCGCAACAGCAGAAUCUCGGCCCGCAAGGUCUCACAGAGCCAGGGUUUGUGUCUAGGUGACUUUUCAAUUGAGCCAGACUCUUCCUUCCCAUUUUUUGUUGCAUCUUCACAGAUUUAUCAUCUCAUUCGUGCCUGCUCAAGAAGGAAAAUAGUCGUCGGUGCUGUGUGGCUUCAAGAACAGUGGCAGCCAUGUGGUACCAGACACACGUUGAUUGUUGUGUAGUUAUAAAUUUACUGUGACGCUGGUGGCUUUACAUACUGUGCCUUCUGUUGGACACCAUAAAACAUACCCGACAAAGAGUCCCAUUGUAGCAAUUUUUGUUACAGUGGCUUGCAUUUUAUUCAGACAGCUUGAAAAAAUAGGUAUAUUGUGCUUACCAUUGCUUUGUUCUAGAUCAAUUUUGCAGCAUUUCUUGGUCCAGGUUCUAUAGAACACUUGCACUUGUCAUUGUUUAUGGAGCUCAUCCAGAUACUUAGUUGCCAGCAGGUGGCGAAACCCAUCCAGUCCUCAAUAAUAGCUUGCAUGUGCAAUGGCUAGAUGCGUGCAGUAAUACCUUGUUAACUCGAGCUGGCAUAUCUCGAAAAAUUGGCAAAGUCGAAAUUUUCCAUGGGACCGACCCAUUUCCCAUACGUGCCAUUUAUUGCCCUUUACCUCGAAGUAUUUUUUGGCCAAAUUGCAGAUAUCUCGAAAUCUUGACUGAGACUGGAACAAAAAGUCCGCUGCCAGACUGCUUAACAAGCUUCGCGCAAGGCUGCCGCACCUACUACAAAGUGGACGCUUUCCCUUAAUGUGAAGUCGGAACCUAGCAGCAUAACAACUUUGUCAAGCAACUACUAAAUGGCACGUCAUGUGAUGGGAGAGACGUGCACAAAGGCAGGCCCUGCAAAAUAGCAUGCUUUGCGCAGUCCGUUUUGUUUGCUUUAUGCAACGCUCGUGAUUUACUAUCAGAGGUGUGAUUUUCGUUUUACUUUUAUUCUACGUAACGCACGUGGCACAAGUAUGCGCUAUGCGACUAGGAUGUACCGGCAACAGGUCAAUUUACUGACGGCGAAAUCACUGGGACAAACGGAGGGGACAGUGAAGACAAUGGCAACGACGAUGGGCCUCCAGAGGUGCCGACAUCAGCCGAAACAAGAAGCAUGCUUUGCUUGCUGCGAAAUAAAGUUGAGUGCAGCAUCGGGAACGAUUGGCUCAUUCGAUGUGUAGAGCAGUUCGAGGACGCCUUUCUAGGUCCAAGUGCUACGCGAAGCAGACCAGCCUUACGAAGUUCUUUCUGCACUAAAUAAAGUAUAAACCCCAUGCAAGCGAUCUUGCACGCGACAAGCCACGCAAUGGAAAUGACGGUCACAUUCGUUCAUCGCCUACAAGUCGAACCCCACGCGAGCGAUGGCUUUGAACGAUGUCUCCCCAGUGUUGCAGGUAUGAGGGCAGCAAAUACAUAGUGAAACUGGCGUGUCGUGUGCUUUGUUAAUUUAAGUUGAUGUGUUUUGCUGUAAAGAGCAACACAAACUAUUACUGAAGGUCUUGUAGUAGGUUCUUAUCCUUGCAACGUCUAGAAGCUCUUGUUGAAAAACUGGUCAGUAGUGAUGAAUAUUUUAGAAAGAACUCUACUUUUCACUGCAAUUUCCGCAACAUUGCUUAUCUCGAAAAUCCACUCAUCUUGAAAUUUUUUUCAGUUUUUACCAGUUCGAGUUAAUGAGAUAUUACUGUAUAUAAUCACGGUUCUUCAUUCAUUUCUUGAACAAGGGAAACAAAGAGGCCAAGUUUCCACUUGAACUACGUGAUGCAAUCUUGCUGAAAAGUUAGUGGGAACAAAGCAGUGGGGAGUACGAAGCUCUUUUUUUUUCCCCAGGUUCAAAUAAAAAUGCAGCUAUGUGCACACAUUGGCAUUCGCUGUUCCCAUUCACUAUUCAUGCCUUCGAGCAAUACAAAUAUAGUGCGCAAGAUUCAAACAAAGAUGAAGUGAGGGACACAGACAAGCGCUAACUUUCAACUAGCUUUAUUCUUCGUCGUUCGUCAUUAUAUACCCUUGUUUGCACAUGCGCAAAAGCAUGUAGUCACAUUGAGACAACCGCCGAUUAUAGCAAGCCGCGCAAAAAACACUUCUAACUGUCCAUUAAAGAUAUGGAUGUGUCACUAACGCAGGCUUUUCCUCUCAGAGAUAUGUAGAAGGCUUCCAUCAACUCCCGGGCAGUAUUAUCUUGGCUUUUACCCAAGAUCUUGAUUUUUCUGAAAUUCAGAACGCACAUGCAAGCUAGACAAUGCGCAGCUAAAUGCGCAUUUUC